ACGAGUGGAAUCCAGUCCAGCUACGGAGGCAGCAAGAUCACGGGUGGGUGAGAGGGAGGGAGGAGAAGGGGAAUUUUUGGUUUAGGAAAGAAUUUAGUCACUGUUCAUCUCGUCUCAUGCUUGUUUCUCUUUCCGUCCGCGGUUACCUUCCCCUUCCCUGCAUCCCCGCCGCCUUCAAUGCCACCACCGCUCUUUCACUGCUGGAUCUGAUCUCCUGAGAGAGCUACCUUGUUCCAGGAGGCUCUUCUUCUUCCUCCUCCGGAAUUCGGUGCGAAUCCAUCCGUGCGGGGAUCUUUUGCUCCACCCGGGUUCGGGUUUCUUCUUGCCAUUUCCUCCCCCGUUUCUUGAGGCAGUAGGAGGAGGAGGGGAAAGAAUUUCCGCGCGAAUCAGUCCGCGGAUUUCCUUUCUCCCCGCCGGAUUCGGUGCAUGGAACAACCACCUUCCGUAUCCAACACCAACAACAAGGCACUGCUGCUGCUGUGCUAGGCUAGGCUAGCCUCCAAUCAUGGCCUCCUCGCCCUCCCCCUCGCCGGGGGCCACCAAGGCCUCCCCGGCCGCCUCCGUCGCGCCCGCCACCGCCUCCCCGGCCCCGGUCAAGCUGCCCAACGACACCCCGGCCGACCCGCCGGCGGCCCCUCCCGCGCCCUCCGCGGCCGUGCCGCCGCAGACGCCCGCGUCCCCGCCGCCCCCUUCCCCGUCGCCUCCCCCGGACCCCGCCGCGUCGCCGCCGCCGGUCCCCCUCGCCUCUCCGCCGCCCACCCCGCCAGCCGCAUUGCCGCCGCCCUCGCCGCCUGCUCAAGUGCCGCCGCCGCCCGCGCCUGCUGCCGACCCGCCCAAGCAGUCGCCUCCCCCGGACCCCGCCGCGUCGCCGCCGCCGCCGCCAAAGGCCACUUCUCCACCUCCAAGCCCGCCGGAUCGCUCGACCGCGCCGCCCGUGCCGCGGUCACCACCGCCGCGGCACCCGGGGUCGCCGCCUCCUCCAACUGAGCCGCAGGCGCCGCCGCCCUCUGUCAGUCCCAUCAUCAAACCUCCCACCAGCCCCUCCCCAACCUCUCCCACCGUCCCUGCUACUCCCACCGCCCCCUCGCCGCCGUCGACGCCAGGUUUUGGUCCUCCAUCUCUGCCUACCAGCCCAACAACAACCCCACCAACACCAAUUGGUCCCAACAUGCCACAGGACCCCUCAUUGCAGGACAGCAGCCGCUCGCCGAGCAGCCAUGGUUUGUCUAAUGGCACAAAGGCGGGGAUCGGCAUCAUCGUGGCGAUUCUCGUGCUUAGUUUGAUCGCCGCCGGGUGCUGGUACAAGAAGAAACGGAGGAGAAUGACCGGUUACCAUGCCGGGUUUGUGAUGCCUUCACCCUCACCAUCUGCUUCUCCACAAGUGCUACUAGGGCAUUCAGACAAAACUAAAGCCAACUACAGCGCCGGGAGCCCCGAGUUCAAAGACACAAUGUCAGAGUACAGCAUGGGCAACUGUCGCUUCUUCACCUACGAGGAAAUGCACAACAUCACAAACGGUUUCUCCGAUCAAAACCUGCUGGGGGAAGGCGGCUUUGGGUCUGUUUACAAGGGUUGCUUGCCCGAAGGGAGAGAGGUUGCCAUUAAGAAACUGAAAGAUGGCAGUGGGCAGGGGGAGCGCGAGUUCCAGGCCGAGGUGGAGAUCAUCAGCCGCGUGCAUCACCGCCACCUGGUUUCUCUCGUUGGGUAUUGCAUCUCGGGCGACCAGCGCUUGCUUGUCUACGAUUUUGUGCCCAAUGACACGCUGCACUAUCAUCUACAUGGACGUGGAGUGCCGGUUCUGGAAUGGCCAGCCAGGGUUAAAAUCUCUGCUGGAUCGGCUAAAGGAAUAGCAUAUCUUCAUGAAGAUUGUCAUCCCCGAAUUAUCCACCGAGAUAUAAAAUCCUCUAAUAUUCUGCUGGAUAACAACUUCGAGGCACAGGUUGCUGAUUUUGGUCUUGCAAGACUAGCCAUGGAUUUUGCUACGCAUGUAACUACACGGGUGAUGGGAACUUUUGGGUACAUGGCUCCAGAGUAUGCAUCCAGUGGCAAAUUGACAGAGAAAUCUGAUGUCUUCUCUUUUGGCGUUGUCCUCUUAGAGCUCAUUACUGGUAGAAAGCCCGUCGACGCAUCAAAUCCAUUGGGUGAUGAGAGCCUUGUCGAGUGGGCUAGGCCACUGCUGACCCAAGCGCUCGAGACUGGCAAUGCAGGGGAGCUGCUGGACCCCAGGCUGGACAAGAACUUCAACGAGGUCGAACUGUUCCAUAUGAUCGAAGCGGCAGCAGCCUGCAUCCGAUACUCGGCAGCCCGGAGGCCCCGGAUGAGCCAGGUGGUGCGUGCUCUCGAUAGCCUAACCGACGUCGACCUGACCAACGGGGUGCAGCCGGGGAUGAGCGAGAUGUUCAACGCCCCCAACACCGCGGAGAUCAGGCUGUUCCAGCGGAUGGCGUUCGGGAGCCAGGACUUCACGACCGACUUCACUCAGUCCAGCAGCUGGAACAGCAGCCGUCAGGGCGGAGACGCCGAUGCCUCUGGUGGGCCGAUGCACUCGCAAUUGCAACCAUAGUAGUGUAACUAGCUAGGGUGGGGGUAUUACUGCUCCUUGGUUCAUUUCAUGCAAUUCUUUGGGUGGAUCGUCCGUCUUCGGGUUUUUUUUUCUUGGGGUCGUCGUCUCGGCUGACUGACAGAUGGAUGCAUAUAGCGUGCUGGGAGCCGUCUAUGAAUAGGAUGGGCCGCAAGUCACUGACUCUUGGAGGGGAAUUGUGCGCCUGGUUGAUUGGUUCUGUGUGGACUCUUGGGAAUCAUGGGCGUGGUAAGAAAAGAAAUGCUUGGUUGUUAUGUGGGCUAGAUUCUUGGUGUAGGUGGAGCUGAGAGGGACAUGGAAUUAUGCAGAGGCUUGUGCGCAUGAGCGGUGAGGUGGGAUGGAGGCUGUGCGUUGCGUUGCACAUGAGAGAACGUGGAUGGGUGAAGGGAAGGGAAUAAUAUAUCUGUCAUGUCCACUUUAAUUUGGCUCUUUCCCUUUUCUCUAAUCCUCGUGAGAAGAUGCAAAAAGCUUUGCACAUCC